CCGAAUUACUGUUUUAGAGGUUUAACUGUUCGGUUACAGCGGAAAAAAGUAUUUUUUUUUAAUGCCAAACGCAUUAAUCUUGAUAUUUAAGCCUACUCACUGGCUAAAAUUUAAAUUUUUUUUAGUCGAAAAGCAGCUGUCAGUGGCUGAAGUUUCAUAUUCGUAUUGGAUAGAGAUGAUAUUCAAAUGAGCCACCCUCUCUCAAAAGCAAACAGACAUCUCGUAUCUAUAAUUAAUAAGUCUAAAAAUAAGUCUUUUCUUAAUAUUUGGCUGAUAAGAAAGAACCAAAUAUGGCAGCAAAUAAAAAUGUGUUAUCUUGGAAACGCCAUCAGAAACAAACAUAUUAGUACUAAGCGUAGGAGUAGCGUGUGUGCUUCCGGAUUGUGCUAUUUUUGUUAUUCUGUACGUUGAUUGUUUAAUCCGAUGAUGUUGAACAGCGAAAAAUACUCUUCUAAAUGAUUCCGCCCACCUCAAUCAUUAUUCCCUACUGACAAUCCGAAUCAUAGUUAGUGUGAAACGUGUCUAAAAAUAGAUCAGAGGGGAUUUCAGAGUCGACAUUUGACAAAUAACACGUUAAUUUUAUUUUAGAUAGUGACAAAAAGGUUCCUAGAAAAAGAAUCUUGCUCGCUUGCAUGCAUCAUUGUGGAUUUUCUGCCACUUUUAGUUAAGUUACUCUACCUAUAGACUUUAUUUUCAACAUGAAACAUAAAGCGUUUAUUUUUUAAUGCUUUAACGGAAGACGCUCAGGUAAUGAUGGAAGAACGAGACAAAGAAGUAAUCAGAAGAAUGUAUGUCAGACUUGAACGGAAUCUGGAAGCAACGAAACUAAUGGGUUAUCUUUACCAAGAACAUGUGUUCAACGAAGAUGAUAUGGACAAAAUAAGAAUUAAAAGUACAUCAAAAAAGAAAGCUGAAAAGCUGCUCAAAAUAUUGAAAAAAAGAAAGAAUGGAUUGAAGAUGUUGAUCAAGGCUUUGCUUGUGACUGAGAUUCAGGCAUUCUUGGGUCAUGAACUACUGGAGAGAGUGACUUGGAGUGAACAAGAAUUAGAGAACUUUAAUCUUGAAUUGGAAGGUAAAGUGGACCCAUGUCAAUUGCUGCAAGCGAAUCUUGUAGUUUUAAAACACAAGAACGACGAACUCAUGUCGAAAUUAUCUGAAUACCAGUCGAAAUUCAAUCUUCUUGAAGAAGAAAAGGUCGUCCUCCAAAAGCAAUGCGCACAAGAAAAGAAACAGCCGUCAUCGGAUGUGAUGGUUGGAAGUCAAUUGUUUCAAAAACUACGGCGAUCAAGAAGACUUUGGAAACCUGACCUGAACAAAGAAACACGCGCUGUUGAUGAGACAUUAAAGGCACAAUCUGAAGUUAAAACUGACCAAGGCUGUCAAAAGACUACAUCACUAACUGCAGGGGAUCUUCCAGCGGCCAGUGUUAACGCAAUCCAUGAUGAUUUGGGGAUCAACUGGACUGAUGUUGGACGCAGAUGGAGCGAUUCUGUAUAUGCAGACAGAAGACCCAAGUCAAGGGCAAACAGAAGAAGAUCAUUCAAUGACUCAAUAGGCCGUAGUUCAACGAGCUUAAAAAAUACAAUAUUGGGUAUUUUCGGCAAAAGACAUGGUAUAGUGGAACAUAAGACCGCUGACCAGUGUUCUACUGAAUCUUUAAGUAAUACUUCUGAUGAUUGUUGUGAUACCUGUUCUAAUUCUACUGACCUUACCAUUCUCGCUUAGAUCAACACACCACGUUAGACCACAAAGAAGACAAAAUAACAAACAUUCAUGUAAAUAUUUCAAUUUCACAUCCCUGACACAAUAGACACGAUCAGGCAAGCCUAGGUACUAAUAAUAGAAGAAAUAUAUUAAGAAAAUAAAAAUAUAGCGCCGUA